GUAGUAAAUAAGUAAAGUCCAGAAGAGGGCGGUAUGUGCAACAAUAAGGAGCCGACUGCCGGAUGCGCACCGAGUGAGCGGAAGUUGUGCGCCUUGCUUGCGGAGGUCAGGUUGAAUUCUCAUCGGGGACAUUGAGGACAAACGCCGUGAGCAGCCAUGGUGAAGAAAAAGCGGCUUCGCCUCAUCGCCGAAAUGGCUCGAAAGAUCCGGGCGUACCGAGAGCUGAAGUCCCGGCCGAGGGAGUCCCAGAAGUACGCCCUGGAUUAUGAGACCAUGAGGCGGCCGCACACGGGGAAGAUGCUGCCCGUGUUGGCCUGGCAGGACGUCCGCAGGGAGAGUCGCCUCUUCCCGCUGCUGGCAGGCAUGAGGAUGUUCGGAGUGGGUCGCCUCUUCACCCGCAAGUCCUGGCUGGAGGAGCACACCGAGCCCAGCUACUGGCAGAUCACUAAAGUCAAGGUGGACUACACGUCUGAGAAUAUGGAUCACGGCAAAGCAUGGGGCGUCCUCACCUACAAAGGAAAACAGGAGAGCGAGGUCAAGGAGGUGGACAAGGCGGUUUACCACGACUGGCGUCUGGUUCCCAAACACAUGGAGCAGCAGUUUACGGACUUCGAGCCGCUCCCUGAGCCACCUGUGCGCUACGUCCCCUAUCCUCCCCUGCUCCGCGCCAUGCUGCUGGCCCAGCACAAGAAAACAACAGGCAGCAUAGUGACCAAGGAGCCGUCCUUACCUCUACAGAGGGACGUCCUGCUCAACAAAGACUAUUUCCGCAAGCAGGAACAAGAGAGGGAGAGGACAGAGGGGACACUGGUGUGAUAUUUGUGGUUCUGAAGGUGGAAAUUUUGGACUUUUUGGACCAAAUUAGUGUUGGUCAUAACUUCUGCUGUCCAACUACAAUGGACGCCCUCGACUCAAUGUCUCAAAAUCUCGGACUCAAAUAAUUUCUCUGCUAUUUUCAAGCUGGCCUCUCUGUAUGUAUCUGUGUAUGGUAAAUAUUAAAUAUGUGGUACAAAUUUAGCUUCUAUCUGUGUUUUGUUCUAAUGCUUUUGUACCUGCUUCAAAAUAGUUCAGACCAAAUGAAUGACUAAGUUCACAGCAGAAAUAAACAUGUUUACAGCCUGGUACAAUAAA